GCAGUUGCUCGUCCGAGCGCGGGAGUCGGCUGUGCAGGGGGUCUCGGACGCCAUUGUGACGGGGCAGCGUUGCACCCGGCGGGCCACCCUCGGGUGCUUCUCCCCGCGCGGCCGGGAAGCGUCAUAAUCCGCAGCGUCCGCCUGGCUUUGGGAAGCCCCGGCCGGAUUUGGGGACGACCCGGUGGCCGCCCCGCGCGCCGUCCGCGCCGAGACCAUGUUCGACAAGACGCGCUUGCCGUACGUGGCCCUCGAUGUCUUCUGCGUGCUGCUGGCUUCCAUGCCUAUGGCUUGUCUAAAUUUGGGCCAGAUAGAUCCAUUUAAGAGAGGCUUUUUCUGUAAUGACAACAGCAUCCGGUAUCGAUACCAUGACAGUACGGUCACAACUACUAUGCUCAGCCUAGUGGGGCUUAGCUUGCCCUUAUCCUCUAUGAUUAUUGGAGAAAGUCUAUGUGUCUACUUUAAACAGUUGCACUCAAAUUCCUUUAUCAGGAACAACUAUGUGGCCACUAUUUACAAAGCCACCGGAACAUUUUUAUUUGGUGCAGCUGCUAGUCAAUCCCUGACUGACAUUGCGAAGUAUUCAAUAGGCAGACUGCGGCCUCACUUUUUGGAUAUUUGCAACCCAGAUUGGUCACAUAUCAACUGCAGUGAAGGCUACAUUGAAAAUUAUGUAUGUCGAGGGGAUAGUCAAAAAAUUAAGGAAGGCAGAUUAUCCUUUUACUCGGGUCAUUCUUCCUUCUCCAUGUACUGCAUGCUGUUCCUGGCACUUUAUCUUCAAGCCAGGAUGAAGGGAACCUGGGCAAGACUCUUACGUCCUACACUACAAUUUGGUCUAUUUGCUGUGGCUAUUUAUGUCGGCCUUUCUCGAGUUUCUGACUAUAAACACCACUGGAGCGAUGUUUUGAUUGGACUUGCUCAAGGAGCUCUGGUUUCUGUAUUAGUUGUCGUAUAUGUAUCAGAUUUCUUCAAGCAGAGAAAUUCUUCUUUCAAAGUAAAAGAGGAGCUCUCUCAUACCACUCUGCAUGACACAUCAGCAGAAGACAAUCACUAUCAUAAUAGAAGUCAGCCUUAAAGGUGGCAAUAUGCCCAAACCAAACCGGCCUGCUUUAUAAAGAAAUGAUUGCAACCAGAGACAACAAAGAUGCAUUUCCAUCCUGGUGCAUAAGCCUUAAAGGGACUGCUGCUGCUAUUUGGAUGCCCACUUUACCUGUGUGUAUAUAUAGUUAACAUUUAACACGACAGCUAUCAGCAACCAGAUCAUUUAAAAAAUUGUCAAGCCUUUCACUAAAACAAUGCCCACCUGUACAUUUUUAUUAAAAAAAAAUGUCAUGCUUAUGUACAAAUGUAUAUGGAAUAUGCUUUCUUGGAAUGAUGCUUAAUUUAAAUAUACAUAUUAAAGUAUUUGAGAAAUGUCUUGAGAUGGAAGAAUAAAAUCAAUACUUGUAAGC